CCGAGGGCGAGCGGUGUGAGGAGAAGGAGCUCUUGUGCCGGAUUUCAGGGCAUUUUUUCCUGAUGCAGCUGUGAUUUCCCACAGAUCCCUCGUGAGGACGAAAUCUAGAGGUGGACGGGAAGGCAGAAAUGGCUGGUUCUCAGGGACAGCUGACCUUCAGGGAUGUGGCCAUAGAAUUCUCUGAGGAGGAGUGGGGACACCUGACCCACACUCAGCGGCAACUGUACCAGGAUGUGAUGUUGGAGAACUACGAACACCUCCUCUUCUUGGGUCUCCUUCUGUCAAAGCCAGACCUGAUUAUAUAUUUGGAGCAAGAGAAGGAGCUCUGGGAUGUGAUGAGAAAGGAGAACAUAGGCUUCCAUCCAGCUGUAUCUUCACAUGAGACCCAGAGUUUCCUGCUCAAGUGUAGCAUAGAAGGUUCUUUCCAGAAUGGGUCAACGCAGAGAUACAAAGAUAGUGCUGUUGAGAUUUUAUAUUUAUGCACAGACUGGGACAAUGAUGGGGAGAGGGAAGUGCCUCACAGAAAUCCUGGACGAUACACCCAAACCAAGGAAAUGGCCCUUAAUGAGAAUGUCACUGCCCUAAAUGGUGAAGGAUAUAAACCGCUGCAGAAAACCUCCCUUUUUAAGUCAACUGUUUCUGCAGAGCAGUGUGUUUCUGUCAGCACAAGCUCCAAUCAGAUAGGCAACCAUAGCAAUUUGUGGACAGACCACUUGGAACAUCUGGAAAGUAACCUAGUCCAUGCUGAGAGUAAUGAUUUGAGCCAUUUGGAAAAUAGGAUUGGUCUGACUUUAAAUCAGAAAUUUGGAAAUGAACAAAGUCCUCAGUGGGAUUCAUAUGAGAGGGACUUCACUGAGGAGUCGACCCUACAGUAUGACCAAAGGCUUUUCACUGAAGACAGAAUUACUCAAUGCACUGAAUUUGAGAAAAUACUGAAACAGGGCUCCUGUGUUCACAGAUGUGUCAUUGCUAGGUUUGCAGAGAACCAUUAUGAAUGUGAUAAAUGUGGGAAAGGCUUUCAUCCAAGCUCUAACUUCAGUAUACAUAAUGGUCAUCGUUUGGGAGACAGUCUUCAUAAAGAUAAUGAAUGUGGGAAAGCUCAUAACCAGUCCUCCAGUGUUGCUGAUCAUCAGAGAAUUCAUGAGGGAAAAAGCCCAUUCACAUCUAAUAAACCAGGGACCAUGUUUAGUCAGUCCUCAAGCCUAAACAUCAAUGAGAUAAUUCCUCAGGGAGAGAAAACUUACAUCUUUAAGGAAUGUGGUAAAUCCUUUGACUGCCACUCAACACUAUGUCAACAUCAGCAAAUGCAUACUGGAGAAAAAGUAUACAAAUGCGAAGAAGCUGGUCAGAGCAUUAAGGACUGUUUAUCAACAAAUGAACAUUUGCAGAUCUAUUCCGGAGAGAAUCCCUGCAAAUGUCAAGAAUGUGGCAAAGCUUUUAACAAUCACUCAAGUCUUAAUAGACCGCACCAAAUUCAUAUUGCAGGGGAAAAUUACAACUGUAAUGAAUGUGCCAAUGCCUUUACAUCAUUGUCAAAAUUUAUUCAACAUCAGAGAAUUCAUAGUGGAGAAAAACCUUACCAGUGUCAACAGUGUAGCAAGAGGUUUAACCACAGCUCAAACCUUACUCAACAUCACAGAAUUCAUACUGGAGUGGAACCUUACCAAUGUCAAGAAUGUGGUAAUGCCUUUAACUGGAGGUCAGGUCUUGAUAAGCAUAAGAGAGUUCAUUGUGGAGAAAAAUCUUACCAAUGUGAAGAACGUGGCAAGUCCUUUAAGGACAGCACAACUCCUAUUGAACAUCACAGAAUUCAUACUGGAGAGAAACCUUACCAAUGUCAAAAAUGUGGCAAGAGCUUUAACUGGAGGUCAUCCCUUACUCAACAUCACAGAAUUCAUACUGGAGAGAAACCUUACCAAUGUCAAAAAUGUGGCAAGAGCUUUAGCCGGAGGUCAUCCCUUACUAAACAUCACAGAAUUCAUACUGGAGAGAAACCUUACCAAUGUCAAAAAUGUGGCAAGAGCUUUACCCAGAGGUCAUCCCUUACUCAACAUCACAGAAUUCAUACUGGAGAGAAACCAUACCAAUGUCAAAAAUGUGGCAAGAGAUUUAACCAGAGGUCAUCCCUUAUUCCACAUCACAAAACUCAUACUGGAGAGAAAUCUUAUAAAUGUCAUGAAUGUGGUAAGGCCUAUGCCAUCCGUCAGCAACUUACUAGACAUCACAAAAUUCAUAAUGGAAAGAAACCUUACCAAUGUCAAGAAUGUGGCAAGGCCUUUGCCCAGAACUCAAACCUUAUACAACAUCGCAAAAUUCAUACUGGAGAGAAACCUUACCACUGUCAGGAAUGUGGCAGUGCCUUUACCAGGAAGGCAGAUCUUCCUCGGCAUCAGAAAACUCAUAGUAAAGAGAAACCUUACCAAUGUCAAGAAUGUGGCGAUGCCUUUAGGUGGAGGUCAGGUCUUGCUAAGCAUAAGAGAGUUCAUUUUGGAGAAAAAUCUUACCAAUGUGAAGAAUGUGGCAAGUCCUUUAAGGACAGCACAACUCUUACUGUACAUUACAGAAUUCAUACUGGAGAGAAACCUUACCAAUGUCAAAAAUGUGGCAAGAGCUUUAACUGGAGGUCAUCCCUUAUUCAACAUCACAGAACUCAUACUGGAGAGAAACCUUACCAAUGUCACAAAUGUGACAAGAGCUUUAACCGGAACUCAGACCUUAUUCGACAUCACAGAAUUCAUACUGGAGAGAAACCUUACAAAUGUCAUGAAUGUGGUAAGGCCUAUGCCGUCCGCUCGGUACUUACUACACAUCAAAAAAUUCAUAACGGAGAGAAACCUUACCAAUGUCAGGAAUGUGGCAAGGCUUUUACCAGGAGCUCAUAUCUUUCUCAUCAUCAGAAAGUUCAUACUGGACAGAAACCUUACCAAUGUCAGGAAUGUGGCAAGGCCUUUAUGAGGAGGUCAGAUCUUUCUCGGCAUCAGAAAAUUCAUACUGGACAGAAACCUUAGCAAUGUCAGGAAUGUGGCAAUGCCUUUACCAGGAG